UUUUGGAAAUGGUACACACGUGUGUGUAUAUAGAAUAGUUCAAGUUCACGCCGCAUUGUGAUUUUUAAAAGGCCAGAAUCUGAUUUAUUUGUUCGGUCUCUUUUAAAUUUUUAUAACUUAUUAUAGUCUUUCGUCACGUACGAAGGUCUCUUGCAUUUUUAGUCUUUGCACAGUGGCAAAUUUUAUGCCAUGGCAGCCACUUCUUUAGCAGAGCAGCUUCAGCGAUUAGCUGUUCCUCAGUCUACUAUUUACAAAGACGAUAAAAAGAAGGCAUCACUAUUAUUCGAUCCAAAAGAGGCGGCUUUGAAAGAUCGCGAUACAUUUUAUGAAAUUGGCAAAAGUGGUCUGCAAGAGCUUAUAGCGUUAUAUGAAGGAUUUCUUUUCUAUGAAGGUACACUGUUCAGUCAGUUAUCAAAGGAUUUUGAAAGGGCUGUCGAGUCAAAGGAAGUAAAUCAAAAUUUGGACCACACUAUUGAGAAAUUUCUUCUUGAGUUAUCACCUUAUUUUUUGCUGCAAUCUGCACACAAGGCAUUAGAAUGGCUGGUCAACAGAUACCAAAUCCACCAGUACAAUCAAGAUGCAAUCAUGGCACUAAUACUACCAUACCAUAGUUCUAAAAUAUUCAUAAGAUUUGUUCAGAUAAUGGAUAUCAACUCUAAGAAAUGGAACUGGUUAAAAGUCAUUCAGAAGGAAGGCGUGCCUCUUGCUAAUCAAGUAUGGUAUAACCAAUGUGUUUCAAAUAUAUCAACUUUGAAGUUUGUGGCUGAUACUACCGUGAAAUACGUUAAUGAGUUUGGUGAGAGGGCAUCUCAACUGAAUACAGUAUUCACAUUCUUCUGUCAAACUGCUAUCGGUGUGAUAAAUGCUAAUAAACAAAUAUCAGAGUCUUUAGUAACAGCCCUACUGCCAACAGUAAUGAAAGCUGUAGUCUCUCCAAUUGUUGAUUUCCGAGCAUCAGCAUACAUGAUUCUUGGUUUUUUGUUCACGAAAGCAUCAUUAAAAAAGGAAACACUUGAUGAAAUUAUUGGAAAAUUACUGUCUACGGAGUUUCCCGUAACUUACGAUAUUGUUAUGUUGAUAACCAUGAUGUAUGCUCACCAAACACACAUUACGAAGAUGUCUCGAGCCAUACUUUUUGAUAUUUCUGCUGACAUCAUGAGCGAGUUGUGUAGCCAUUUGAAAAAGUCUGUGGAAAGCAAACAAAAUAUUUUGCCAUUCACUCUUGCGUUUUUGUCGAGUGUUCUUUCUACUAUACAAAGGGACAAUGAAGAUUUUAGAAGACUCAGUGAACUACCUAUUAUGUUUAUUGAAGAAGUUGAUUUGAAAAAACAGCAUCCAGAAAAAGUUAUCAGGUGUGUCUUAAAUGCAUACAAACCAAAAAAUAAGAAAGCUAAAACAGAUGAUGAAAGUGAUUUGGAAAUUAUAGAAGAUGAUUCUUCUUUCCCCAUGAAAAUACUAGAAUGGUACUCACAGCUACUCAAAAAUUUGGAAACAAAAUAUCCUGAAGCAUUUGAUAAAGUCAUCAAAGAGAUUAUGAGUUCAGAUAGCAAGGUAUCUAUGAAACGGCGCAAAAAUUUAUCCCAGGUUUUAGGAUUCAAACCUGCUGUAGCCCACAAAAUUGGUGACAGUUACUUAUUUGAACACCUUAAUCAUAUUAAUCCUAACAUAAGAGUUGAGGCUGUUAAAUACAUAGGCAAAGAGUUUGCAUCUCUCAAAAAAGAAAACAUUGAAUUUGUAAAAGAUUCUAUUGUCAAUAGACUGAAUGACGAUAAUCGAGAGGUAGUUAAUGUUACCUUAGAUCUUCCUAGUAAAUACUUAGAAGAAGUUUUGACUGAAAGUGAAUUGGCUAAUGCAUUUGUCAAUAUUGUUUCAAAAACUUCAGAAGAUUGGGUGUUGGUUGUCAUGAAAUCUAUUUUGAAAUUCUGUUCCUUGCCAAUGCUGCCUGUAAAUCAAGACACAGUAUUAGCUAUUUUACCACAUUUAUUCCCUCACGAUGAGGUAUCUGCUGAAAUCACAUGGCAAAUCCUCAAUUCUCCUUGGGGUAAAAAAUUUGACCUGACAAGGAAUUUGAAAGGUGUUAACCAAUCACAUAGAGAUAAUGCUGAUGUUUUAAAACAUUUGGUUUACAAUGCCCUUUUCAUUCAUCAAUUGGUCAAUUUUGAUAAAAUACUUGAUGAUAUACAACUCAACAAAACUAAGACACUUGAUGUUUAUAUGUUUUUACUGUUAAAGACUUGUUCAUUAAAACAAGCUUCACCUGAAGAAAUAACAAAACUACUGGGUAUACUUUUAGAAUCUGUAGAAAACAGAGCAAUAAUAGCCAGCACAGUAGACAAAGGAUUUUCAGUCAAGAAUAUAACAGAAUUUAUUGGUUUAGGGAAAAAAGAUAAAGUGCUUUUUGAAGUGGUUGAAUACAUAUUCUUACGGAUAAUUGAAGACAUGAACAUUCAAGGUAUUACAAAGCCUUGGUGUGAUAUUUGUGCUACACCAGACACUAUUCUUGUCAGAAGGUUGUAUGAAAUUUUUAUCACAGGAUGUGGCAUCCCAACAUACGAAAAAAACUAUGUGAAUCUUCUAAAGUUACUUUUAUCCAAAAUAUGUGUUGAUAGCAAAGAGAAGUUUGAAUUUCUUGCAAAUUUUGCUUGUGGACACAUCUUGUAUGCUUCUGAUCCAAAAGAUGUUAUUGGCCCUCAAUUGCAACUGAAAACUAUAAAAUUAUUGAAUAAUUUCUGUGGUGCUCAGACAAAUGCAACAUGGCUAUGUGAUUCAGAUACACUUAUUUUGAUGAUUAUGUUCAAUUUGAAUAAUCCAGUGGCAGCUAUACGGGAGGCAGUCAUUGAUAUUAUAAAUUACCUUUUAAGAGAUCUUGAAGAAAAUUCUGUUUAUGUGCAGCUACUAAAAGAAUUGGUGGCCCACAAGGAAGAGUUACUAUUAGAUCAUGAACAAAUUUCACAGGUUCUACAAACUAUACUUACUCAACAAACACCUAUAAAGAAAAUAUUAAGGAAGAACUGUUACAAUAAAUUCACAAAUAUAUUGAGUGGCAAUUCUCCACCCCAUAUCAAGUCAAGUUUUCUGAAAUUACUUUCAAAACUGAAUAAUGCUUACACUUUCCCUCACAUAUUGCCUAGUUUGGACUCUUUACAAAAACUUUUGGGGACUACAGACAAUUCUAAAACAAAAAUUAAGUUUAACAUUUAUCAAUCUAGUAUUUUUAGAAGUGUUUAUAGCCACAUUAACGAAUCUACAGUUACAACAUUCGCAAAAGAUGAAGUUUGGAAAACCAUUACUCUUGGUUUGAAGGAAUAUCGAGAAUGUAUAUUGGAGGAGAAUCAUCAGACAUACACCAGUCCAAGUGCUUUGAUAAUGAAAAAAAUUGAUGAAGAUGUUUUCAAAAAGGUUCCUGAGGAAAGAACUAAGGAAUUAGUUUAUUUGAUUACUUUAGCAGGGGCAUUCAGCCUUAAGCCUAGCAUUUCAAGUGUUGCUGCAAAAACAAUGAAAAAUAUACAUCUCAAGUUUGUCGAUUUUAAACCUAUUCUUGAUGCAAUGGUUUCCGUGGAAGAUCCAGCUGAAAAAACGCCUAAAAAGAAAUCUGUGGUUACAAUGCUUUCAUAUCAAGUAACGGAAACUAAAGAAUGGAAGUUAGGUGUGACACUUCUUGAAUACGUACAGAGUAAAAAGAAAAUGACUGUGGAUAAUUCCUUUGUAUCCAUUCUGUUUCAAAUUUUCAACAAAUGCUUGAAUUUCGAAGAACAAUCCUGCGUUGAGUAUACAAAACAGCUCAUACUAUCAUCAGUGUGGUACUACUGCCGAAAGUUUGUUGAUGAUAAUAAUAAAGAGCAAGUGAACAAGCUAAAAUCUUUAUUCAAUGUGGAACUGAUAGUGAAAUGCAUUAGAGGAACACAAAAUCCGCAAACACAUCACCACGCGUUGAUUCUGCUGUCUCACGCUUCAUAUAUGUUGCCUGAGGCAGUAUUACACCAUGUAAUGGAAAUCUUCACGUUCAUGGGCUCUUCAGUAUUAAGACAUGACGACGCUUACAGCUUCCAGAUAAUAGUGAAAAUAAUUGAGACUUUAAUUCCGAUUUUAGUCAAACUUGACAAAAAUGUUGAUGAAUGCACUGAAAAAGAAUUACAGCAGUUGCAGAUCCGUGUUGUUCCUGUUUUGAGAAUAUUCGCUGAUGUUGUUCUGCAUGUGCCUGAACAUAGAAGAUUGCCUUUGUACAAAAAGUUGAUUGAAACUUUAGGACCAAAUCAUUUCCUUUGGGUAUUCUUAGGUCUGUUGUUAGAGACACAUAUAUCCCACAUGGAUGAAAAUAAAAAACAGGACAGGUCCAAAAACAGAACCUUGGCUGAACAAGAGGCGCCAACGAACCGACUUGACUUUGGACAGAAUAUUUUAUUAGAAUUCUCACCAGAGAUCUGUUUGGAGAACUUUAUCAAACUCUUGGUUUAUCUGAAAUCACUGCCAUUACAAAAAGAUGAGAAUUCAAUGGAUACUGAUAUUGACCCCAGUGACAUAUUUAGUGUUAAUGGGCACACAGCAUUGCAAUUAAGAAUGUACAAAUAUGUGAUUGUAACAUUUAUGAAUUCUUUCCUGUCUUCCUCAAGAUUUAUUGAACACAAUAAUCAUGCAACUGAUGAGAAACUAAUGGAGACUCAUUACAGAGGUUUAAUUGUAAACAUAUUAACUUUCAUUCAAAGUAUUUCUAAACUUGGGGAUGAAAAAACAGCUAAGUAUUGGAGAGUAAUGUUGCAUCAUAGUUAUGAUCUUCUGGAUCAUACUAAUAAUCUUCUGUCUGCUCCUAUGUUCCUUUCAGUAAUAAGAGGAUUACUGAAGCAUAAUUUACAGACCGUUCGUAGGAAGUCGAUGGAACUUCUGAACUCCAAAAUACAGUAUAGUCCAGAAAUGUUUGCACAUGUUGACAAAGGACUCAUGUUUUCCCUAUUACCUGCUUUAUUGGAUAUAAUCAAAACAAUAGAACAAAAAGAUGAGUCCCUUAGUGAAAUCAGCGCCCAAGAAUUGGAAUUAAAUCAGCAGACAGCUCUUUUGUCUCUUAAAUUGAUGACAAGAUUCUUAGCUUCUAAGCACCCAGAGCCCUUCAAACCUGUGUUAGAAAUUGUGACAGAUUAUACUUGCAACCCGAACAUAUCCCCAAAUGUAAUGGCUUCUGUUGUGUUAUGUCUAGCCGAGCUAUGUGGCAAUUUGAAAGCACACGCUUUGGCCAGCAUGAGGAAAUUCAUGCCAGCAUUAAUUAAAGUAUUGAAGAAACAACGUAAAGCUGAAACACCGGAGUUGGUGCUUCUCAGCACGGUGACGGCGAUUUCGAAGAUUGUCGAAAGUCUGCCGCUUUUCCUAAGUCCGUAUCUACAGAAGAUUUUGUACGAGUACGCGAUAUUGCUAGCGAAAUGGCAGUGUCAUGAUCAAGAGUCUACAAAAGUAUCAGCUGUGGUUGCAAAACUGUCUACGAUAAAGAAGAAAAUAGCUUCUUCGAUUCCUCCACGUGUUUUGAUUCCAGUAGCCAAUGAGACGCAUCGUUUAUUAUUGGAGAAGGAAAAUUAUGAAGGGAUCGGUCCGGUCAUGUCAGUUUUGGCUGAUAGUUUUGCUAACGUUACAACGGCUGAUUUUACAGCGCUUCAGCAAGAUUUAACCGUUUUCUUCUUGUCAGCGCUUCAGUUACGAAGUGAUGCGGUGGAUAAGAAUGUUGACGAUGACGUCAUUGAUAGAGCUGAAGACGAGGUGGUGAAUGCUUUGGUGAGGCUGGUGUUGAAACUUUCAGAGAAUAGCUUCCGACCACUCUAUUUCAAGAUCUUUGACUGGGCGAUAAGGACCAAUGUCGAAGGGGUGAAGGAUAGAACUAUUACUUUCUACAGAUUGAGCUGUGCCAUUGCGGACCAGCUUAAAGGUCUAUUCGUGUUAUUCGCCGGCCAUUUCGUCAAGAACGUGUCUGAAUUACUCGACUCAUGCAAUAACAGCAAAACGGAAGAUUUGUACUUCGAUUCAGAUGAAAAAUGCAUCGUUUUAAUCAAAUAUGUGAUCAAAACUCUAAAUAUAGUGUUUUUAUAUGACAGUCAGAGUUUCCUGAAUAAGGAGAGAUUUGAAACACUCAUGCAACCAGUAGUGGAUCAGUUGGAGAACACAUUGGGUGGGGUUUUAGAACUUAAGGCCAGGGCAAAAGAGUAUUUAAUCCCGUGCAUAUCACAGUUCGCUGUGGCAACCGCGGAUGAUUCGUUGUGGAAACUGUUGAACUACCAAGUUUUGUUGAAGACCAGGCAUAAUGACGCUGAGAUAAGAUUGAUAGCCCUAGAGUGUCUAGUGUCAAUGGCCGGCCAGCUGGGCAGCAGUUGGCUGCCGCUGCUGGCGGAGAGCGUGCCGUUCCUGGCGGAGCUGCUGGAGGACGGCGACGCCAGGAUCGAGACCGCCACCAAAGACGCCGUCAGGAGCCUGGAGCACGUGCUGGGCGAGCCGCUCGACAAAUACUUUUAGACAAUAAAUUGACAGAUAAUA